GAAGCUUCGGUUUCCACCUCUGUCCUUUCGAGUACCCAGCCUUCUGUUUUUGCAGCCGCUGGUGGUGUGUCCCAAGUUUUCCCGCCGGAACCACAUGUUGCUUAUUCCACUUUUCCUCUCACCUCCACCGCCGCUGAGCCUUCUGCUGUUGGGGCAGACAUUGACUUUGACAAUACUGGCUCUGUACUGCCACGCUUGCCUCAUGGCUCUGUGCUUGUGGUCAAGCCUGAGGCGACCUCCCUCGCUGGUGGAGCCGUCUCAACCCCUACCAUCCGAGCAACGACCGCUGGCGCCGGCGAGAGGUCUUCGGCUACCCCCCACUCGGUGCGCCGGCCCCCCUGGCCCCGCUUUCGACGGCUUCAGUGGCAACUGCGACUUCAGCAGCCCCCGCUGCUUCGGCGGCCCCCACUGUUUCGGCAGCCCCAACGGCUUCGGCGGCACCCCCGACCUCGUCGGCACCUCCGCGGCGCCCCCGUUGGGAAGCGGGCGAGGCCAGGUGGUCGACCUCGACCGCGAAGCGGCUCUUCGGAACCGCAACGCUCGGCUCGAUGCCGAGUUCAACAAAGAGACUUCUGAACGCCCGGCCAAAAUUGCGGUGUACCGUGCGCUCCGCGCCACCAACACCGAUACCAUCUUGGCCUACGCCCAGCGGAAACAAGCGCAAGAACGGGAAGAGGCCCUGCUGGCCGCCAAGCUCGCCGACGACCGCCGCCAGGAGGACGCGUUGGUCGCCGAGCAGGCCCGCGCUGAUCAACAGCGUGAACACGAUCUUCGGGUUCGGGCGGGGCGCUCCGUGCCGGGACCGGCCCCUGCUGCCGCUCCUGCUCCGUCGGCAUCGGUGGCUCGCACGUACGCCGCUGCCGCCUCCAGCCCUAUGACUCGGUCUUCAUCACGGUCGCGACCCGUCACUUUCGAGGCAGGGGACGCUAGAUUCACCCAGGCCAGGUUGUCUGACGUUGCCAGGCUCGGACCGGAGUCUCACCCGGAAGCACGGCGCUCGGAAGGGCUCUUCUUCCAGGCAAGUAGUCCCGUCCCUUAUGGAUGCGACGUUGAGUGAUCAUUUCCCUAUACAUGAUGAUUUUUUUUCUCAGGCCUCGCCCCUCCCCUCAACUUCGGUUGUUGGUACGGUUUCGGCCCCCCCUAUUUCCUCGGACUCCGGGCGUUUGCGUCGUGUUGCGUUUUCGGACCUUCCCCCGCCUUUGGCUUGCCCCGUUUCUUCGGAACCCUUUGCAACUUCUGUUCCUUCUGCCGCAUUCAAUGCUGUAGACUCCGGAUGUGUACGUAGCGUUGAGUUUUCGGACUCAGCCUCGGCUUCGGCCGCCCCUGUUUCUUUGGAAACCUCUGCACCCCGUCGCCUUUCUACCGCUCGCCAUGCCGUAGAUCCACGACUGAUGCAGAACCAUGGGUUUUCGAACCUCAACCCCCCUUCGGCGCUUGUACCACCUGUGCCGGGUGUUUCGCGUAGUGUGUUGUCCUCAGACCAUGCUUCCACAGCUGCUUCGGUAGCCGUCGCCGCGCCCCCUGCUAUAUCCGAUGAUCGCGCCUUGCCACUUUCUUCUGACACGGCACACACUCGUCAAGCAUCGAUCGAUGCGACUGAAGCAGCUGCUCGUAAUGCUCAUGUAGGUACAGUAUAACGAGCUUAAAUCACCCUCAACUUGAAAAAGGUUUAGAAUGUCGCUACCAUGCCCUUCUCCGCUACUCUGUUGCCGGGAGGCGGCUAUCAGCAGCUUAUUCGCACAACAAGGACGGCUUUGUCCGAUAUUUUGCUGUCGUGUGAUGAGCAGAGGGAAGGUUUGACAGGCAUUGAUUUUGUGCGUGGAUGGGAGUGUCCUCUCGAAAAAAAACUUCUGAGUGCGAUCACCCCUGACAAGCUCUCUACCGCCGAUCUCGUCCUUGCCAUUACUGAUUACUUUCAGCUAGUGAAACGGAGCUU